UGUGUUUUGAAUUUUGCUUGUGAGGCUACUUUUCUGAUUUAAAUUCCAUAAUCUAUCACGCCAUUUAGUUAUAAACAUACCUGUUGAAAACUACAAGGACAUUACAACAACCAGAUGGCGAGUGGACAGCUGUCGAGGGCGGAGGCGUUAGCGUGCUCAGGCUGCAAGCAUGCGUGCCACGUGAUGCUCUACUGUGACACGAAAUCUAAGCUGUUUGGGAAGUUUCCCAUCAAACAUAUCAUACUGAUGCAGAUGCGCUUUGACGGUCUGCUGGGUUUCCCUGGCGGGCUCGUUAACCCAACCAAGGAGACCCUGGAGGCGGGGCUUAGCAGGGAAUUGUUGGAGGAGGUGGGCAUGGAUGUGCCAAUAUUGGUUGAAGAUCAUGUGGACUCCUGCUAUGCUCCUGGUUCCUCUCCCUCCUCCUCGUCCUCCCAUCUUAUCACUCACUUCUACGUGAAGAAGAUUGAGGAGGAGCAGAUUAAGGAGGUGGAGAGAGCAUGUGUAUGCACUGCAGUAGAUCACGGACAGGAGGUUCUUGGAAUGGUCAGAGUCCCUCUCUACACCAUGAAAGCCGGGGGUGGCCUCGCGCCUUUCCUGUCGCACGCAUUUAUCGGCAAUGCUCGCUUCCAGCUGGUCAACUCUCUGCUGCACUUCAACCUAUUAGCCCCUGAGGAAUUGCACAAAGCCCUCAGGCAGUCACUGAAGACACACACACGCAAUGCAGAGGACCUGCAAGAAGCCCUUGCGCGACUAGAGGCGAAGAGGAAACAGUUUUGAAACUCACAUGCAGGUGCUUCAGCACAUCCUCUCUGGCACGCACAUGCAGUUUGGCCAUCAGCAAUGUUCGACACACACACACACACACACACACACACACACACAAACACACACUUAAUCCUACACACACACACACACACACACACACACACACAGUUUGAUACUGAUUCUGAGCUGGUGACUCAUAAUUGCCUCAUGCAUCAAACAGUUUGCAGAAAACAUUGUCAACUGCUCUACCAUUAAUGCAAAUAAAAUCAUUUAAC